GUUUUGCUUCUGUGUAUCUGCAAAAUAAAGUAAAGGUUUAAUGAGAUUUCAUCACAUUGAAGUUGAGUUCGGAUAUAGUAAUCUAGUUGUAUCCAAAGAAAUUUGAAUUGGGCACCAAAUUUUGGCAAACAUUGAAAGAAAGUAAAACCAUGACUGCCGAAGAAGAUUCAAUUGAACAAGCCGCUGCAGACAGACGCGAGAGGCUUAAAGCUCUUAGAGAAGCUAAGGAACUAUUUAAUGCUAAAGAUGGGGAUGAACCCAAAGAUGAUGAAAAUAAGAGCUUGAAAUUUAGGAACUAUCUUCCUCAUGAUGAAAAACUUCAGGAGGGUAAGCUUGCUCCUCCUGUCUUACCAAAGUUCGAAGACCCAAUUGCUGCUGUACCUCCUCCAGCUGAGAAGACCGAGGACCCGUUUGUUAAUAUCGCUCCAAAGAAGCCAAACUGGGACCUUCGGAGAGACAUACAAAAGAAGCUUGACAAGCUUGAAAGACGCACACAGAAGGCAAUAGCUCAACUUGCUGAGGAACAAGCAAAAGAGAACCAAGAGUCGGCUGAGGAGAAUGGUGAAACUGCAUCAAGAGGAGAUUAAUGGAAGUGUUUCAUUGUUUAUCAAGAGAUUUGAAUAGGUUUCAGUAGCCAAGAUCACUUAUAUUUGCAGUGGAAUAGAUAAGGGUUGAUUAACUGAGGGGUUGCAAAACAAAACAAAGCAGAUAGAUGAUGUAAUGAUGCACAGAGCUGGUCUUAAAGGGCAUGUACAUUUAAAUUAAGAGAUGAGUUAGCUUGAAAACUGUUCAAAUUUUGUUAUGUUGUUCAGCUUCUAGUCUCCUGGAGUUCAGAAAACUGUUCCUCUAGUUCAUCAGUUUUGUUUUGUUAACAUGUUAUGCAAUUGGAAUUACUGUUGGUUGGGCUACUGAUCAAACUACCUAGUGUUGUUUCCA